AUGACACUGAGCAAGCCUUGCUCUGAUCCCGAUGUUGUCGUGCCCGUGGCCUGGCCUGAGUGGUUGUUGUGGCAGCAGCAGCAGCUCCUGCUGUGUUUGCUAACAAAUGUUUCUGUUGCUGUUGCGAGCACGUGGAUCGUGCUCGGUUCACUCGAAGAACUUGUCACAGAUGGCGCGGCGGAGGAACUGGUGGCCGACCAGACCGUUAUGUGCACGGUUUCUGUCUUGGUUGCGAGGACUGUGACGGGCUCGGGAACAAGGGAUGUUGUCUGCGGAAUAGACGUGGCGACUUGGUUGAUUGAACUGAUAGAGCUUGCUUCCAAGAUAGGUGGAAGGGAUGUCGUUGUUGAUGACAGAGAUGCGCCGGCUGGCUGUAUAGAUAUAACUGCAGGUGGAAUAGCAGUGGAUGUUGACGAGAUAGAUGCACCGGCAGGUUGUAUGGAUAUGACUGCGGGUGGAACCGCUGGGAUUGAUGUCGUUGUUGUUGGGACUGCUGGCAGUAAAGAUGUAGUCGUUGGUGGGACUGCUGGUGGUAAAGAUGUCGUUGUUGUUGGGACUGCUAGCGGUAAAGAUGUAGUCGUCGGUGGGACUACUAGUGCUAAAGAUGUAGUCGGUUUUGAAGACGUAGUUGAAGUUGAAGAGGAAGACUUUGAGGUUGAAUGGCUUGUGGUGGUUGGUGGCUUGGACGUGGAAGUCUUGGACGACGAAGAGGUCGGAGUGGCUGAGGAGGAUAUAGUCAUAUGGAGAUAUGUUAUGACAUCCACGUCAUCGGGAUUAACACUGCUACUGCUGCUCUUGAUCGAGGAUGUACUUGGGACAUGCGUUGUAGUCGUAAGCUCCGACCUGCUCGACAAAACAGAGGUAGAGACAGUGGCCGAUGAGGUAGGAACCGAAUCAGAUGGCAGCGGCGUUGGACUUCCAACCGGAAUGACGGUCAAUCCAAUAUGGGUCUCGUUCUCAUCACGACGAGACAGAUCUUUGGGCGAAGAAGUCGGCAAGCGAGUCGAUUCAGUAACAGCAGGGGCAGGAUUUUCAGAAAGUCGCCAGCGAGAUAUCGGACCGGCCGAAACAGCGCACGCUAAAAGAGCGAAUAGCAUAAAGAACUGA